CAGAUCCAUUCAGAAGAGUCCAUUGCAAUCGUCAAGCUCAAAAUCCAGGAAAACAGAUUGGAUUGCUUUUGGAGCCGGCUGGACCAAGUUAAUCUCGAGAAGUUAUCAGGAGGCGAGGAAGGAAGGAAGUCGAUGUUCGAUGACUCGGAGAUAAGUUGACGUCAGUCCAAAAUUCGAGGCUGCAAGCUAUGUCUUCAAGAGUCGACAACGAGGCUUAACUUCGACUCGAGUCUCUCAAAAUACGAGGAAUCGUUGAGAUUUGAAAAUCGAGACAAGUUACUUUUAAGGGUUUAGUUUUAAGGGUUUAGUGUCUCUUCAGAUUUCAUCUCGAGCCCGCGAGCAAAGAAGCACGCUCUUCGACAGGGUGACUCCCAAUCCAGAAUUCAACAAGUUCCAAGUUCUGACAGCGACAUGUUUUCCAAGUCCUCGUCGGAAAAUUGGGGACAACUUUAUAAUUGAAGUAUUACAAAAAUAGAUGACGCCUUCCUAUGAAUAGCGCAAGUUUGGGAUUUGCGUCUUUCUAAUCUAAACGAACUAAUGUUCUACGAGUUUCAAAACAUCCAACGCCAGCUUAAAUCACUACGAAACUAAUCUAAGGAUUAAUCGCCGGUUGAAUUUGCGAGAUUGCUUGCAAGUUUCUCAGAAUCAAUGCAUAAUUAUUUGUUUUUGUUGAAUUUUACAAAAGUACUGCAAUAUUAAUUAUCGGAUUUGUUUGAAAAAUAACGCAAAAAAGAUCCGCAAAUUACUGCGUAGUUGAAACAAAAUUCAUUGUUACGUCAUUGUGAGACUACUCAAGAAAAAUCGUCACAAAACUGAGGCGUUUUCGCAGCAUUAAUUACGAAAUUGCCAGAAUACUGCAAGAUCAUUCGCAAACAUUGCCAGGUCAUCAGAAGACCAUUGGGAAAAAUUGGGAAAUCGUUGCGGAAAUAAUCGGAAAAUAAGGGCUGGAAAAUGGAAGCUUCAACGACAUCAAUCCUGGGGACGAGCCUGUACGACUCGGUGCUGAACGAGUCCCUGGAAGGAGGAUCGAACCAUUCGUACGCGUGCGACACCGGCGGGGGCGACUACAUCCGGAGCGUUUACUUCCGGACUUUGGUCUACAUCAUGUACAUCUCCAUCUUCCUCAUCGCCCUCGUCGGCAACGGCCUCGUCUGCUACGUGGUCUUCAGCUCGGCCCGCAUGCGCACCAUCACCAACCUCUUCAUCGCCAACCUCGCCGUCGGGGACAUCCUCAUGACCGUCUUCUGCGUCCCGUUCACCUUCGUCGCCACCCUCCUCCUCCAGUACUGGCCCUUCGGCAUCGAGAUGUGCCCCGUCGUCAGCUUCACCCAGGCCGUGUCUGUCCUCGUGAGCGCUUACACCCUGGUGGCGAUCAGCGUGGACCGAUACCUGGCGAUCAUGUGGCCGCUGAAACCGCGGAUGACCAAGUCGCAGGCCAAGGUCAUCAUCCUGCUCGUCUGGUGCGUGGCCAUCAUCACCGCCUCGCCGGUCCUCGUCACGACGCAGCUCUUCCAACCCUCCAAGUGGUACAAGAACUGUAACGUCUUCGUCUGCGGCGAGUACUGGCCCAACCCCGUGUUCCAGUACUACUACAACAUGAUCCUCAUGGUCCUCCAGUACUGCGUCCCCUUCACCGUUCUCAUCUUCACCUAUUCCAGCAUCGCCAUCGUCGUCUGGGGCAAGCAGCCCCCCGGCGAGGCCCAGAACAUGCGCGACGAGCGCAUGGCCAAGUCAAAAAGAAAGAUGAUCAAAAUGAUGUUAAUAGUAGUCCUUGUCUUCACAGUCUGCUGGCUGCCUUUCAACAUUUUAGUUAUAAUCUGGGAGCGGAACCAGUCGCUGGGGAAAUGGAGCGGGAUCCCGUACCUGUGGUUCGCGACGCACUGGCUGGCCAUGUCCCACUCGUGCUACAACCCGGUGAUCUACUGUUGGAUGAACGCCAGGUUCCGGGCCGGCUUCUGCCAGGCCUUCUCGGUCGUGCCGGGCCUCAAGGAGUGCGCCGCCAAGCACCACAUCAACGCCAACGGCUCGCACUCCCUCGUCAUGACCGACCACUGCAACCUCCACCGGCACAACACCUACUCCACCUACAUCUCCGUCCGCAACCACAAGAACACCCUCAUGAACCACAUCGUCUAGGAACCCACCGGCGUGAUUGCCCGCGUUUCCUCCAACCCGCCGCCCCAACGGCACCUCUCAUCUCGCCCAGAGAACUUCACGCAUGCCGCUCCCGACUAGCGCACCUCUGCCAAAGUUGGAGAGACCUCCGCUCGCCCCGAAGAGCGCGCCGCGCCGUCACCCUACCGCCGCUCCCGCCCGCGCUGCCCUUCAUCCCGCGGCCAAAACGUCACGCAUGUUGCUUUCAUACAUAGCGCAACCUUUGCCAAUGAUUCAAUGUCGAUGACGUCGCAAUGUCUCCCCGAGAACUUUUCAUAAGCUUCUCAGAGACAAAUUCACGAAGAGGCAUGCUGUAGAAGAAAAAGCGGCGAGUACCUCUAUGAAGUCGCACUGCUGAAGCGCACCUCUGUGAGAGCUAGCGCUUCGAAUCUGAAGAAUUAAUUGUACUGACCUCGUUCAAGUAUUUCAGGUUGUAAAGGCAGAUUUCUGCAAGAGUCGGCGAGAUUUUCGCAAAUGUCACAAAUAUUCUGGAUAAAGCGCCGAUUCCUGUAGUAUUCAGGAAAUAAGAGGACCUCAUUUAAUUGCAUUUUUAAUGUAUAUCUCUGCGAUAACUGGACGUAUUUCUGUCAGACGGAACUAUGUGCAUCAUGACGUGAGCCCUGUUAUGCAUGUAUUCUUACGGGUCUCUAGGCUCAUAUGUUAAUGCACAUAGUUCCAUCCAAAUACGUCCAACUUUCGUUACAACUUCACUCAGAUUGCACUGACGCAGCGCAUCUUCGUAGGAACCAGAGAAAACUUUACUGAUGGCACUUCCGGCAGAUUGCGUUAUCUCUAGAGUCAUAGUUUUCUCGUGUUUUAAAAAUUCCGUUCCAGCGCAUAAUUACUGAAGUUGCGUUCGAGAAAAGUGUGCGGCGAUGAGAAUCCAUGAAAACUUCACUGACAUUGUGAGCGAAGAAGCAGAUCACUGAUGUCACUCGACAGAGCAUUCCAUCAAAAGUUAUAUUUCCUUAUGUUCGAGGAAGGCAUUUCAGCACAGACUUCACAAAAGUCACCUCUCCUGCAGUUAGUGUGCAUGAGACAGAGUAAGUGAGUGAGAGAGGCCGUACUGACGAUAACGUCUCAUUGAUAAAGCGAGAAGAUGAGAGGAAACCAGAACUUCAUUGACGUCGCACCUGUCAAGGCGAGUCUUUUCGUGCUUUGGCCUUUGACCGGAUAUGGAUGAAGUUUUCAUUAUCCUGAGCUGGAAAGAGUCAAGUGUUGCUUGAUUGUAACUCACCAGAGGGCGCCACAGCUACAAUUGAUGUGACGUUCGGAGAUGGGGCCUGAUACUCCCAUAGCUGAGUUAUCACGAAUCUCUGAAAGAUCCAGAUCUGACCGAAUUCUUUGUGACAACGCGACUAUCAACGAGAAACGGAGAUGAAGGUGAAUUUCGGGGGAGAAGUUGGGGGUUCUGGACUCUCGUCAACCCUCGUCUUAUCGGAUACAAUGUUGCCGGUUUCACUGUCUUCGAGAUUCUUGACUGUUUGUUGCGUCACAUCCAAAAUUUGAAGCCUGAAUGUUGUAAUGUCCAACUUUUAAACGUCCACGGUGUAAGUCCGCAACCUUGUAUUUCGCCUAACGACGUCGCAGACUUCAAGUGUCAUAGUGUAUUUUCUUAUAUGGACUCAAACUCAACGGCAAAUAUUAAAAAUUUCCAUUCAAUUGCAAUUCUUCUCCUCGUUGUGAAAAAAAUUCUGCGAAAACACGAGGAAUGAUGCCGAUUUUUUCUCCUUCAUAAAAAUAAAACAGGAACGAGAUACGUGGUUUCGGACUUUCACCGUCGAUGUGCUUUCACCCUUUCGCUUUUAUUGUUGACAAAGCGAAAUAUCGCGAGCAUUUUGUUUCUAUGGAGGACACUCCAUGGACGGUGUUUAUAAACUGAAAAAAAACCCUUUUCCGAGCUGUAUGGAAAAUUUACUCACCUGCCUCCAAUUUCCAUGUACAAAUGAGUGCUGUAUCGAGUGUUUUUAUGCAAUUUUCUCUUUUUUGACAAACGUCAGCUGCAUGCUUAAGACAACUAAAUCGUACAUUUUGCAAAUAGACCAUCUUUAUUUAAAAGUAUAUAGAGAAUCUAACUAUCUGAACUAUUUAAAACUAGAAUUGUUUUAUGAUUUCUGAGUUCAUACGAAAGCAAGCAUACACAAGAUUGCACAAACGGCUGUCUUGCCUAACGUGAGUAGAGGCUAUAAUUAAAAGUUAAAUUCUUUACAAUUCAGUAAUGGGCUUUCAGAUGAUAAUUGAAAUUUCAUGAAAAGUCGAAGAUUUUAUCUGAUAAAAUUUUCCGUUUGACAAAUGACAGGUUAAUUUUCUCAAAACUUAAUUUUUGACUUACCACUCUCUUCAAUACACAGUCUAAACCGCGUUUAUGGUUACGUUGGCUUAAUUUAUUUUGAUUCGCAUCGAUUAAGCAAAACAAUUAGGUUGAACAACCACAGUUUUUGUUAUCAUCAGUCAUGAUUUGCAGAUGGUUUUCUUGAACCAAAAGAUUUUGUUAAUAUAACCAAAAGAUUUAGUAAGUAUAACCGAAAGAGAGACUAACUCAAAGUUUGUUUUAUUUUGUAUACUCUACUUCCCAUAUUUACAGAGAACUUCGGUUACUUUUCUAAUUUGUCUUACGGCGAACAUAUUCUUUCAAGGGAAAUUGAGAAAAAGGAAAAACGAACAACGCUGGAAGAGUUUUACGAUUUUCGAAGCUAUGUCUCUCAUUUUUCAGGCACAGUUUAGCCGUGAUACCGAGGCAACGGCGUUCAAUCUAUUUUGUUUGCGCGCGAUACACUGUAAACAUGGAAUGUAAUUUUCGCAAACUCCAGCGACUGAUUCAUUCGAGCUUGGCGUGAAAUAAUUCAUGGAGGUGCUGGUGCUCUGCUAUGUCACACUAUGACUCGCUCAUCUGAAAGCACGCGCAACUUGUCCCGGACGUAAACCAAAUCGAAAAUUUUACGGGGAAUUUUUUGUUAGUGCUGUUGCUUCUCUCUCGGAAAAUAACCCAGAUCGGCUUCGGGACGUUUUUUCGAAGAAAUUGCACCCGGAGAAAAUUCGCCUAAUCCUUUUUAACGACCACCUCACGAUCCUUUUCUUACGACUUUUCGCCGGAAGUCAUCACAAGCAUUUUUCUUGAAAGAGAAAUCGUCUAAAACAUUUUUUCAUCUAACUCACUUCAAAAAUAUUUUUCAAACAGUACUUUUGAAAAAUAGGUAUCGUUAAAAAUUACUUUCACAGGAAAGACGUUACAUACAGCUCACGGCCGAAUGUUACCCAAUUAUCCGUAGAUAAUCCAGAGUCCCCUAACUUUUUACGUUUUGGAUGAUAAGUUAAUAGGAGAAUUUUUUUUAGGAUUUUACACGUUGGAUCAAGUGUCUUCGGUGAAAAUGUAUCUGUGCAGUCUUCAGGUAAAAAGGCAUUAGACGAAUUUUUUUCUAAAAAGAGCGAAGGUGGUUAAUUUUUUAGGUGAAAUUGUCUAGAUAAAACGUCAUAGGACCCAAAAAACCGUUCAAGUAAAACGCGCAGCAUUUCGGCCGAAUUUGUUACCCCUUCCGCCCUCCCUUACAAGACCCCCGUAAAAUAACCUUGUACUUUCCUGUGAAUUCAAAAUGGAAACUUUAAUCCCUAUUCUGUGCAUAUGAUUUUAAAUUAAACGAAAGUCAUCGCAUUUCCUCAUCUUCAUCAAAACUUCUGUCUAGAGUGUUUUUUUGUGUCUUGUGUCUUGAGCCGAAAAGUAAAUUUUAUGCAUGCAAAUAAAAACCAUCGGAAAAAUAAUGCUACUUAUGUGUGUCAUAGACUUUUGUAAUGAAUCCUUUCUCUUGAAAACUACGAUGCUGUGUUGAUUUGUAAAAUGUUAGGUUAUGACUGAGGGAACUGUUUGAAAUAUUCAGAUGGGUUCACAGAUAUUGUGUUUCCAAGCUUGAAAUAAACUUGACCCAAGCCACGAAUUUUUCAUUCUCAUUUUCUUCACCUUGUGAUACUGUACAUCUUGUUGCUAUAGUGUAUAGAAUAUUAAUUAGGAUUUUUUAUAUUCGACAUCAUUUUCAUGUGCAUGUCCCCGUUCCCGAUCAAGCUAUGAACAAAUGUGUUUUUAUAAAAUUUGCUCAUUUUUAAUGUGUAAUAAAUGACUGAAUGAUAAUUU